ACCCGAUCCGAUACGGGUGGUGCACCAUAACAACACAGUCACAACACAUUCAUCGAGUUUUUCUUCAUCUCUUACCAUGGCAGCUUCUUCGCUGUUCCGCAUUAUUCAGAGAGGUUCCACUGUUAUCAAAUCCUCGUAUGCUGCUACCUCGUUUUUGCUCUCUCCCAGGUUAGUUGGGAGGGGUCAAUUAUGUGUGCCUUUUGAGAAGCAAGGUUUUUGGUGGGGUUUGAGGGAGUUGAGUUAUGGGAAGGUUAAUCUUGUGAUAAGGGAUGGGAAGACAAAGUUUGAGACUCAUGAGGUUGAGCCUCCUAGGAAAGAUAAGUGGAAGACUAAGAAGAGGUUGAAGAUUCAGAGGAAGAGGGAGAAGGAGAAGAGGAAAGCGGAGAAUAGGAGAGAUCCUCGUCGACUUGGCGUUAAAGGGAAGAAGAAGAAACAAAAGUUUGCUAGUCCAGAAGAGAGAAUCAAGUUCAAGAUUGAUAAUGCGAGAGUCAAAGAAGCGUUGCUCAUUGAAAGACUCAAACGAUAUGAAGUUGCUAAAGCACAUGGUCCCAAUGUAAAACCAGACGUCUUGACGGGGGAGGAACGGUUUUAUCUAAAGAAAAUGGCUCAGAAGAGUUCUAAUUAUUUACAAAUUGGAACAAGAGGAUUAUUUGGAGGGGUUAUUCUCAAUAUGCAUAUGCAUUGGAAGAAACACGAGACCGUUAAGUGCAUAUGCAAGCCUUGUAAACCUGGUCAAGUACACGAGUAUGCAGAAGAACUUGCCAGAUUGAGUGGCGGUAUUCCAAUUCACAUCAUUGGUGAUGACACUAUAAUAUUUUAUCGUGGAAAGAACUAUAUACAACCCGAGGUUAUGUCGCCGGAAGAUACAUUAUCCAAGAAAAAGGCACUUGAAAAAUCAAAGUAUAAACAAUCGCUCGAGUCAGUGAGACGCUUCAUUGCUAUCGCAGAGAAAGAGUUGGAGCUAUAUCACAGACACGUUGCACUUUAUGGUGACCCUAGAAACCGCAAUCCCUUAUCUAUACUCGACGGACCAAGUGGAAGCUCCUAUGAAAAGAGGAAUCAUGGUGAAAAGAACCUUGACUCGAGUAGCUAUUAUCUUUCAGAAACAGAAGCAGAUUCCUCACAGACGGACCUAUCAGAAUCCGAAGAUAACUUUGAAAAUGGAAACUUGUCAAUGAGUGAAUCAGAUUCUGAAGAAGAAGAAGAAGACAGCAUGUUGGAUUCGGAUGAUGAUGAAGAAAGAGAAGUAUAUUAUACUAAAACGAAUGGUCAAAAUGUAUGCUCAACUGCAGAUUCAUAAUCAAUAUGCAUUGAGUAAACCGAACAGAGUUCAAGGAUGAAGGAGAAAGAAUUCAAGGAUUUUAGAGGUUAGGGUUUUGAAAAAAAAUGAAGGAUGAAGUACUAAAAUACCAUGUUAAUAUCACUGUCAGAUUUUAUUAUAAUACAUAACAGUAUUUAGUGGCUAAUUAAUGUUUUUUGUAUUUCAACUUUGAAUAUAUGUUGGUAUUGAUACACAAUUCUUUGCUUUAUCAAAUGAUGUCUGUCUAUAUUCUUUGUAUUUGAAUAUUAGGUGUGGAUUUUUGAAUAGGUUACUGAAGUGCAAUGUCGUAAUGAUUUAGCUAUUUCGUUAAUCGUGUCACUGUCAAGUCA